GUGUAUUCCACCCAGUCGAAGGCCUUUGAGAUAUGGAUUUGGCGCCAUACCCUCUGGCACUUUACAGGUGGGACUAUAGCCUUGUACGGGUCUUUGCGAUUGUUGCCCGCAAAGCACAGCAUCAUGUCAGAACUGCCGUGGUGUCUGUGCUUGACAGAGAUGAUAUAUGCCAUAGGCAUCGCAGUCUUCUUCGUGCUGCGCGGCACCUGUCCGAAAGACCGUCUGGACGAGCUCUGGCAAAUUGGUGCGAGGCACGCACAUUGGCAGCCGGUGAGUGGGAGAUGA